AAAAGCACAAUGCUGAUUCCUGUGACCUGCUGCUGGAGGUGUUUUGAGAUGAAGACGAUAAUUAGGCAGUCUUCUGUUUAACUGCAGUACAGACUCUUAUUACUAUGUGGGAAGUUAAAAUGGUCGCGUGUCUGCUCACGGCCUCGCUUAUUCGCGCGCGGCUUGUCACGCACAGACCGGAGCGGGAUUGUUCGGGUGUGUGUGAUCCGUCCCGCUGCCCGCCCUCCCCGGAGUCCUGCUACUUCGGCGUGGUGAGGGACGCGUGCCGCUGCUGUGCUGAGUGCGCCUCAGGAGAGGGAGACCUGUGCGGUGAACGGGGCCGCGCGCGCUGCGGCGAUGGUCUGCGCUGCGAUCGCGCCGCGGGGGCGCGCACGUGCAUGUGUGUCACCGCUGGACUAGUCUGCGGAAGCGACGGCCGCACGUAUCCGAGUGAGUGCCGUCUCAGAGCUGAGAACCGGAGGGCCGAGCGGAGCCGCGCGCCCGCUGUCAUCCCUGUACAAAAAGGCGCGUGCGAGUCCGGUUCUCAGAACCCCAGCAGUAUGCGCUACAAAUUCAAUUUCAUAGCAGACGUAGUGGACAAGAUUGCUCCUGCAGUCGUUCAUCUAGAACUGUUUAAAAGCCUGCCAUAUACAAACCAAGAAAUGCCAGUUUCCACUGGCUCAGGGUUUAUUGUGUCAGAAGAUGGCUGGAUAGUCACCAACGCCCAUGUACUAUCCAACAAAGAGAGAAUUAAAGUGGAACUGAACAGCGGUGUGCAUCACGAGGCUACAAUCAAGGAUGUGGACCAGAAAUUAGACAUCGCUUUGAUUAAGAUUGAUUCAGAGGAGGCUUUGCCCAUCCUGUCUCUGGGCCGCUCCUCUGACCUGCGCCCUGGGGAGUUCGUGGUGGCCGUGGGCAGCCCUUUCUCUCUGCAGAACACCGUCACGACAGGCAUCAUCAGCACCACGCAGCGCGGCAGCCGCGAACUCGGCCUCCACAACUCCGACAUGGAGUACAUCCAGACGGAUGCCAUCAUUAACUAUGGCAACUCUGGAGGGCCGCUUGUUAAUUUGGAUGGAGAUGUCAUCGGCAUAAACACUCUGAAGGUCACAGCAGGAAUAUCAUUUGCAAUUCCCUCAGAUCGGAUACGGCAGUUCCUCGCGGACUCCUAUGAGAGACAAAGAAAAGGAAACGCACCGCCCAAAAAACGCUAUAUGGGAGUGAAGAUGUUACAGCUAACACCAUCUUUAAUCAGAAACCUGAAAGAGAGAGAGACUGAGUUCCCAGAACUCAGUUCAGGCGUGUACAUCUAUGAGGUGAUCCCUGGAACAGCUGCCUCCAGUGCUGGCCUCCAGAAGCAUGACGUGAUUGUCAGCAUUAACGGCAAGUCUGUUCAGAGCACGGACGACGUGGGUCAUGCAGUGCAAUCAGCCGAAACGCUCUCUGUGACAGUAUGGCGUAUUAGUGAAACUGUCACGUUCACGGUUGUUCCAGGAGAACUGGAGUGACCUUGCAGAAAAACACGCGUUCCCAAAAACUACUAGUAUCGGUCACGACCGAAGAUUCCUGUUCAUUGGUAUUUUUAAUAUUCUUGAAUGUAUUACCCAUCAUGCACAGGGAAUACAAGUCAGUUUUAUUUUUAAAGAACAGCUGCAAAUAGUUGGUUGGUUUACAAAUAAUUCAAUAUCUGUAAACUACAUAUCUUUAAGCACUUAAGCAGCUGUGAUUGGUUUUCACAGAAGUGAUUUAUAUGUAAUAUUACACAAAUUUAUAGGAUAAUACACUCCUUAUAUGGGCAUUGUCUAAGUUUUUUUUGUUGCAUGUAAGCUUAUCCUGGUGCAACGGUAUUGUCAAAUACGUAAAUAAGACUAACAGGUUUUAUUCUUGUAUACACGGUGAA